ACGAAAAAUGGGUAACCCUUGCUUUGGUAGGCACAGAUUAUGGUUGCAUGAACAUGGCAGGUUUCGCGGCAAACAUCGUCUUCAAAAUCUCUUCCCACCUCCCCUCUCGCGUUUUUUCAAUUCCCCAGACCAUUUGGAAGUCUCAGAUUGUGUGCUUGAAGAGCAGAGACUUUAGUUCUUCUGUUCCUGUUAGAUACAUUUCCAGCACAUCCUGCAUGGUCAAAAUACUUGAAACUGCACUGCCAGUGAAAAGCCUGGGAUAUUGCAGCUGUCCUGAUGUUAAUGUGCUCAAGAUAAAUGGUGGAAAAGACGUGCAUGCAACAAUUGCACAUUGUGAAAUUUCUCAAGAACCGAAAGAAAUUUGCCCUGACUUAUUAUUUGAUGACAUCGAACACGGAUGCAGGGGAACUACGUCACUACUACCUAUAGGUUCUUUUGAUCAAAUGGAAGAGGUUGGAGAGUUGACAAUCCAUGAGGGAGGAGAUUCCUGUGACGAGGAAUUGAUACAAAUUAAUAAAUUUACAAGUGAUGUCGAGGAAGCUGCUAUUAAAUUACUUGCAUCUAGGGCACUCACAGCACUUGAGUUGAGAAAGAAAUUGCUUGGAAAGAGAUUCUCUCCUGAUGAAGUGGAGGCAGUGAUAAACAAGUUCCAGAAAAGAGGGUUCAUCAAUGACAGGUUGUAUGCUGAAACAUUUUCUCAGUCUAGAUGGACUUCAUCAAGUUGGGGGCCAAGGCGGAUCAAACAAGCACUGUUCAAGAAAGGAGUUAGUCAAGCUGAUGCCGAGAAGGCAGUUGAAGUGGUCUUUAAGGACAAUGAUUGUGCCGAAGAUCUCAAAUCAGUUAUUGGGUUGUCAAAACAUUCCAUGGAUCAUCUUUGUACUCAGGCCUCAAAGCAAUGGUUCAGAGGUCAGAAUGUACCCAAGGAGACAAGGAAAUCAAGAAUUGUUCGCUGGCUUCAGUACCGUGGCUUUGACUGGAAUGUCAUUAACUUUAUACUAAAGAAAUUAGACAGGCAGGACCAGAAUUCUCCAUAGUGCACAAUUGGGACAUCCAACAUUUAUAUCAUAUCCAUCUGGAAAUUCAUUGGUGGGCUCCAUACAUGUUUCUUGAAAAUGUGUAGUGUUGUAAUAUGGUAGGGUUGAAGCCUCAUUUGGCUCUUAAUGCUGUGGCAAGAAAACUAGUAUUUCAUUGCUUCAAUUUGCUCAAGGCCAUGUGGCAUCUGAACACACAAGACUACACUUGUCUGGGUACAUUGAUGCUGCUUUUUUUUCUUGUUGAGGCCGAGAUAAAGAAGCAAGCACCACUUGUUGUGAGUCCACUGUGUCAAUUCUUGUAAAUAUGGCUUACGCUAGAAAGAUUAUCAGCAUGCCUAUCCAAUAACAAUCAUCCAUCCGUCAACUAGCAUAAGGAUUCUAGAGCAGAAUGAGUGCCAUUAACGAUAUGAUAUGAUAUAAUGGAAUGUGUUGAAUUAUUUCAUAAAGCGAAGGAGACUUUAAAGGGCUAGUUGGAUGCAUCCAAUAGACGUGCAGUUACCAGAACUCUUCAAUAGCAGCACAUAAUUUUAUUUUAUUUUUUCGUUUGAAAUAGUGUAUCAUUUUAUUUGCACA